UUCAAGAUGGCCGCGCCCAACAGCAGCGGAGUGUAGAGACAGACAGGGUUGUGAAAGCAGGUUUUACUGAAAGUCGAGGACCCGCAGGACGCAGCUGACAUCUCCACAGAGAGACAUAGGACCGUCUGAGUAACCUGUCUCCCCCACAGACCCGCCGACAUGAGCCAAGACGAUUUAAUCCUCCCCAAGGACUUCCCCCAGCUCAAGAACGAUACAUUCCUGCGAGCCGCACGAGGAGAGGAAACUGAACAUGUCCCUGUGUGGUGUAUGAGGCAGGCUGGACGAUACCUACCAGAGUUUCGUGAGUUCAGAGCAGGGAAGGACUUCUUUGACACAUGUCGGUCGCCGGAGGCCUGCUGUGAGCUCACUCUGCAGCCUCUGAGACGUUUCCCCUUCGAUGCUGCCAUCAUCUUUUCUGACAUCCUGGUUAUCCCACAGGUAAGGUUAUCAGGACUCAUUAAUUAA